GGCACUUUUAAACUCUGUAACUGUUAAUGGACGCUAAGAUGGGAAGCCUCUUCGAAUCCAUCGGAAACUUCUUCGGCGGCGGUGAGCAGAUCCCGUGGUGCGACCGCGACGUCAUCGCUGGCUGUGAAAGGGAAGUUGCAGAGGCUGCUAAUGGUGACUCUGAGGAGCGGAAGAAUGAGAGUAUAAUGAGGUUGUCAUGGGCACUUGUUCAUUCAAGGCAAAAGGAAGAUAUUCAACGUGGCAUAGCCAUGCUUGAAACUUCUUUGGGCAAUGAUAAAAGUCCUUUGCAUCAAAGAGAGAAGCUUUAUCUUCUGGCUGUUGGUUACUAUAGAAGUAAUGACUAUGCAAGGAGCCGGCAGCUUGUGGAGCAAUGUUUGGAGAUUGCUCCUGAUUGGAGGCAGGCACUAUCCCUCAAGAAAAUAGUUGAAGACCGGAUUGCUAAAGAUGGUGUAAUAGGAAUUGGCAUCACUGCAACAGCUGUGGGACUUAUAGUUGGUGGCAUUGCUACCGCAUUGGCCCGGAGGAAUUGAGAAUCUAUAACGAUUGUUUCCUCAGAAAUAAUCUCAACCGCUCAUGAGCGUAGCCUCUUUUUUUUUUUUUUUUUUUCUUCUGGAAACAUGUUACAGUCAAUGAGAACGUUGACAACUACUGUUUUUGACCUUUUCUUCUUUGUUAAAGGGAGCAUUUUUACUGAAUA